UGUAAUGGAGGCUAAUUGCCCAAAUAAAUUUACCCUUUUGUGUUUGAAAGGAAGAAUGAAGAACUGAGAAUGAAGAAAUUGAGGAAGAAAUCGGAAAAGGGUGGCAGGAGACCUGUGUGGAUGAGCAAGGAGCUCGUGCACAAACUCAAAGGAAAGAAGAAGGCCCAUGAAAUGUGGAAAAAGGGUCUGACUACUUGGGAAGAAUACAGGAAUGUUGUCAGGGUCUGCAGGGAUGCGACAAGGAAGGCUAAAGCCCGCCUGGAAUUAAAUCUGGCAAAGGGGAUAAAGGAUAAUAAAAAAGGUUUUUUCAAGUACAUUAACAGUAAAAGGAAGACUAGGGAGAAUGUGGCUUCCCUGCUAAGUGACGGGGGUGUUCUGGUAACGGGGGAUGCUGAGAAGGCGGAGAUACUGAAUGCCUUCUUUGCUUCUGUCUUCAGUGAAAAAGCUCCCCCUCGGGAAUCUGAGACCCUGGAGGUUAGUGAGAGGAUCUGGGGAAUGGAAGACCUCCCUUCUGUCAGGGAAGAGGUGGUCCAAGAGCGCCUAGGCAACACCAAUGUUCACAAAUCCAUGGGACCCGAUGGGAUUCAUCCACGGGUGCUGAGGGAGCUGGCAGAGGUGAUUGCUGAACCACUUUCUGUCAUCUUUGAGAAGUCUUGGAGGACGGGGGAGGUGCCUGAAGACUGGAGGAUAGCCAACGUCACCCCGGUCUUCAAAAAAGGCAAGAAGGAAGACCCAGGCAAUUAUAGGCCAGUCAGCCUCACCUCUGUCCCUGGAAAGGUGAUGGAACAGCUCGUGCUGGAUGCCAUCUCCAGACAACUGGAAGAAGAGGAGGUUAUCAGGAGUAGUCAGCACGGGUUCACAAGGGGGAGGUCGUGCUUGACCAACCUGGUAGCCUUCUAUGAUGUUGUCUCUGGCUGGGUGGAUAGGGGGAGAGCAGUGGAUGUAGUCUACCUUGAUUUCAGCAAGGCAUUUGAUACUGUCCCCCACAACAUCCUUAUAACAAAGCCGAGGAAGUGUGGGAUAGAUGGGUGGACAGUGAGGUGGGUUGAGAGCUGGCUGACUGGCAGAGCACAGAGGGUCGUUGUUGGUGGUGCAGAGUCCGGUUGGAGGCCUGUAACUAGCGGUGUUCCUCAGGGGUCUGUGCUGGGUCCGGUCUUGUUCAACAUCUUCAUCAAUGACCUUGAUGAGGGGAUAAUGGCCACCCUCAGCAAGUUUGCUGAUGAUACGAAGUUGGGAGGAUUGGCUGACACACCUGAAGGCUGUGUUGCCAUUCAGCAAGACCUGGAUAGGCUGGAGAGCUGGGCAGAAAAAAACCGGAUGAGGUUUAACAAAAGCAAGUGUAGAGUCUUGCAUCUGGGGAGGAAUAAUUGCAUGCACCAGUACAGGUUGGGGGAUGACCUGCUGGAGGGGAGCUCUGCGGAAAGGGACCUGGGUGUCCUGGUGGAUGACAGGUUGCCCAUGAGCCAGCAGUGUGCCCUGGUGGCCAAAAAGGCCAAUGGCAUCCUGGGGUGCAUUAAAAAGAGCGUGGCCAGCAGGUCAAAGGAGGUGAUCCUCCCCCUCUACUCUGCCCUGGUAAGACCUCAUCUGGAGUACUGCGUCCAGUUCUGGGCUCCCCAGUACAAAAAAGACAGGGAUCUCUUGGAAAGAGUCCAGUGGAGGGCCACGAAGAUGGUGAAGGGCCUGGAGCAUCUCUCCUAUGAGGAAAGGCUGAGUGAACUGGGUCUGUUCAGCCUUGAGAAAAGAAGACUGAGAGGGGAUCUGAUCCAGGUCUAUAAAUAUCUAAGGUGUGGGGGGCAGAAUGGCGAGGCCAGACUGUUUUCAGUGGUGAGUGGAGACAGGACAAGGGGAAACGGCUGGAAACUGCAGCAUAGGAAGUUCCGCACAAACAUGCGCAAGAACUUCUUUACAGUGAGGUGACGGAGCACUGGAACAGGCUGCCCAGGGAGGUGGUGGAGUCUCCUUCUCUGGAGAUGUUCAAGACCUGCCUGGACGCCUACCUGUGCGACCUGCUGUAGGGAACCUGCUUUGGCAGGGGGGUUGGACUCGAUGAUCUCUGGAGGUCCCUUCCAACCCCUACAAUUCUGUGAUUCUGUGAUUCUGUGAAGAAUAAAAAUAAGUUUCCUACCAUACUCAAAACACAAACAUUACAGAGACAGAGUAUAUCUCUGUCUUCUCAGACCUAGUUUGGAAAUUAAAUGAAGACAGAGCAGCCAAAGACAUAAAGUAAUUACUGUCAUCCCCCAAGAGUUUGUUAUCAUUUUAUACAGUAUCAAACUCAACUAAGCAGAACAGAAUAACUACUGAUCAAAGCAAAAACUAGUGAUGGAGUGCUACAUGAGGAAAGGAAAAUGCUAGAUAUGAAAUCAGUAGUAUCAAAAUACUUAGUAUAGAAGGUGUGACAAUGAAAAAUAUGAAUGGGCAAAGAGAAAAAGAAAAACCCCCUGGCUGAUCUAACGCUAGCUUUUGGAGUCAGCAGAAGUUCCAGCUUGGAAGAGUACAGACACAUUAAUUAAUAACUGCUUGUUCCAU